AUGGACGCCCAACCAAGUCACAAUGAGGAAUACAACAGCAAGAGGUCAUUGCAAGGAUUUAGAAUCAAAAAAAUGAAUACAACACAUGACAUAACUUCAAAUCAUUCCUUCUGCUCAAGAGACAGCAAGAUUGCAGAAGUGGUUUAUCCAAUACUCUAUUCGAUCGUUUUCAUUAUCAGCUUCACAUUAAACAGCCUGGCUAUCUGGAUAUUCUUCAAGAUUAAGAAAACGCGGAGUUUUGAUUUCUACCUUAAAAACUUGGCAAUGUCUGACUUGUUAAUGACUCUCACGUAUCCAUUUAAAAUACUCAGCAAGUCAGACCUCGCGCCCUGGCAACUAACCUGGUUUGUGUGCCGCUAUUCGGAGGUGAUCUUCUACCUGAGCAUGUACGCCAGUAUACUGUUCCUCAGUCUGAUCAGUCUGGACAGAUGCCUGAAAAUUGUGAAACCAUUCAGGAACUCCAAAUUGCAUGACAUCAACCGCGCAAGGAUGUUUUCAGCUGGAGUGUGGCUACUCGUGCUGGCCUUGGGGGUUCCAAACAGCAUUCUCACCAACAAAAAGGCCACCGCAGAAAACGUGAAGCACUGCAACUCGCUUAAGAGUCCUUUUGGGAAGCACUGGCACGAGGCAGUGAUCUACAUUUGCACAGGGAUAUUCUUCAUUGGCUUCCUCAUCCUAGUUGUUUGUUACUUCUUCAUCAUGAAGGAAAUCCUUAAGUCAAAGAAAACAUUCAGCACUGCCACCAACAAAAACUACAAGAUAAACCAAAACAUAGCCUGGGUUGUUGCUGUCUUUUUCAUCUGUUUUGUGCCUUAUCACCUUUGGAGACUGUCGUUCACCGCUGGUCAGAUGCGUGGAAACUUCAACUGCUCAGUCGAAAGUGUCCGGUUUCACGGGAGAGAGUUCACGCUAUUCCUGGCUGCUUGCAAUGGAUCCCUCGACCCCAUCAUUUACUUUUUCAUGUCCAAGUCUUUCCAAGAGACUUUAAGUUAUCAAGGCAGAUGGAAAGAUCUGCAACGGCAGCAGUAAAUCACAGCUUCCCUUGGAAGGGGUCUUGGACAAGUGGACAGUGGGGAGAGAGGAGGUACACGCACCUUCUGUGAUUGCAAGACAAGGGACCGUAGGAGUGUGGGAGAUGUUUGGGAGUGCAGGAGGAGUGGAUUCAGGUGUCCCAGAGAGAAAAGUCGUUGUAGAAUGUGACAAGAGAGGGGAGGGGAAUAGGUGCAUGGUGACGGAAUCCUCCUAGAGGUAUCAAAAAUGGCAGCUCAUAAUCCUUUGGAUGCAAAGGCUGGUGGGAUAGCAAGUGACAACUAGGGAAAUCCUACUAGCAUUUGGGAAGGGAACAGGGAGGGAGAUGGGUUAGAAAUGGCGAAGG